UUUGUUUUAAUUCCCUUGGAAAUUUUACUUAAAAUGUCUAAAAUAUCUGGGAUCGGACAGAAAUUAUUCAGAUGGAAAAAGGGAGAAAAAACACCCAAAAAUGAAUGGCCAGAGCUGGUAGGAAAGGUAUGGCUUAGAUUUUCUUUGUCGUGUUCAUGGGAGCACAACUGCACCGAAAAAUAUGCAGUUUUCUUUCAAGGCUCCGACCACCUAUAUCAUCUUUCUACAAAGGAUUUGGUUGCAUCAAAUAAAUGGAUUUUUUACCUGAGAAGUCGGAAAACAGUUGUAUCAAUGAUUGAUUGACCGUACAUGGGAAAUAAAAGUCUUCUAAAGCUGAGAGAAAUCGGAAAGCACUUUUAUCGACGAUUGAUUGACCGUUUAUAAUGAGAGAUAGGAAAAGUAUCGGACGGAUAGUAUCUUAUCGUAGUUGAACGCUCAACUUAUAUCCUGAUUAUUUCUUUGUAAUUCAAAAGAUUUUUUGUUAAUUUUAUGCAACGAUCGUGAAUAUUCUUAAUACUGUAGCUAAUUUAAAUAUUUCUUCCCAGUGUUAAAUGUCAGGUGCGCUUGUGACGUCACUAAUUGAGACUUUAAGUGGUCAUUUACUUGUGCCAUUUUAUACUUCAUUACAGUUUGAUAAAAGUUAAACAUAAUAUUUGAAAAUAAUAAACAGAAUAAAUUGAAUGAUCUAAAAAUAUAUCAACCUUAAUCUAAAAAAAUGAAGCAUAAAAAGUUCUUAAAGAAACAAUAUCAAAGUAAAAAGUAUAAACAUUUAAAUAUUUGUGGGAGAAUGACUUUUCUGAUCAGAAGAAAAAUGAAAAUAAUUCUGAACAUCAGGAUGUGACUGUUAUGCAGGCUAAACAAACCUUGAGUGCUUACGAAUUGUAUUGAAAACCCGGUAAUUCCGGGGAGAAUUCAAAUGGAAUGGUUCAUCCCGAUGGAAAUUUUCCGGAUAAAAGUAACACCUUUCAAGGUAUUAUCUUUUUCCCGUUUUUACCGAAAAAAAUUAUGACCAAAAUUUUUUGUACCGUUUGUCUGGUUAACCAGUGCAGCAAGACUUGCUCUUGAGGCGGUUGGUGCAUGAUUUGUUUUAACCCAGACACAACUCUAACCCACUCCUCUUUCAAAAACGUUUUCAAGCCCAGUACCAUUUGUCAGAAUUUUUUUACUGAAAUUUCCUUACAAACAGUAAGCAUUCCUUACAUCAAUAAUAUUAAAAACAGUUUAUUAAUGCUAAACAGCAAUCUUGUACCCAGAAUAUGUACUGGCUGUAAAGUGAUAACAUGCCAACCAAAAACCCUGAGGACUCUGGGAACAAAAUUGCUUAUAAGUGAAAAAAAAAGGACAUAAAAAUAAAAAAUAAAUAAUAAUUAUUAUUAAUUCCACAACUAUAUACUUUUCCUCCCAGGGGGCUGAGGAAGCAACAACCAUAAUUGAUAAAGAACAUCCAGGAUUAAAAGUAAAUGUUAUUAAAUCAUGAAAUGACUGUAUUGCAUUGCAACACCAUAUUUCUUGCAAGGGGACUGGAAACUUAUUAGAAGUUGACCAGUGAGAUGCCUAUUUGUGGAAGGAUACUUUGUGACCAGAGGCUACCAUUUUUGAGGUUUUCACACCAGGAAAAUCUAGCCUUUGCUCACAGGGCAGAUUGGUAUGCAGUCGCUAGAUUCAUGUGUUUAUGGGGUGAGAGGAUUGGGGUUAGGUCCCUUUCCAUGAUUCCCCCCAUGCCUCAAACUAACCCCAAUUUUCUCUCACCCCAGAAACACAUAAAUAGUGACUGGGUACGAUUACACUCACAGAGUGGUGGAGGAGAGGGGGCUUCAUAAAUUUUCAAAUAAAUGCAAAAAAAAAUGGUGUUUGGAUGUACAACUGAAGUUGUAUUUACAUAGUUCUGACCAGUUUCUGUCUAUCUCAAACAUUUCAAUUCAUUUUUGCAUGAAGUAGAUCUCAUCAUCAUUAUCAGGGAAGGGAGCUUCUCUAGUUUUUGACUUUUUAGGGGGCUUAUUUAGUCUUUUUAUUUUGGAAGGGGGCUUAUCUAGUCAAGGCUUGGGGCUCAACCAAGAGGAAAUGUGGUAUAUGCAAAAAAAAAUAUAUAUAUAUAUAUAUGUAUAAUAAUAAUAAUAAUAAUAAUAAUAAUAAUAAUAAUAAUAAAGAGCUAAUUUUAAAAAUAUUCAAAAUAAAAAUUUUGAAAUGACAAAUGUGAAUCAUUCAUUAUCAACUUAGUUGUGGGUUAUUAAAAUAAUAAUAAAGUUGGAGUCAUUUGGAAAAGAAUGUUGCAUGGAUAAGAAGCUUUCAGCAGAUUUUCACUUUUGAUCCAUUCUUUUGCAGAUUCAAAUCAUUCCAGAAAACAGUGUUGUCAAACAGAAUUUUGAUGAAAGAAGAGUGAGGAUAAUUGUGGACAGAAAACAAACAGUGAUAAAAACUCCACAUAUAGGAUGA